CGGUUAUUGCCCUUUACAGCUCUUCAUUUUAGCUGAAGAAAGAUUUUUUACGAUCUUCUAAAUUUAUAACAGGGAAAGAAAAUAUUCAUUGUUGAUGGGUGCUAAACAUUAUGAAAACUGGUCUUAUUCAUGACCCAUGGUAGACUAGUGAAUGGAAGAAAUUUAGACUGUGUUUAUCAACGUAGAAUGAAUGGUGGAUAAAGUUCAGGACGAAGUGACUAAUGGUGUAGGGGAGAUAACUGAAUGUAUUGGACAUCAGAACACCUGUAACUUAAUGUUCCGAGAGAUAUAUUCAGUCAUUAAUUCACUGAGAGGAAAGCCACUGAGGGAGCAAAUGAAGACGAAGAAUUUUUAUGCGGUGAUUUUAUUCCUGCUUGCUGCCAUGACGACGUUGUGGAUUCUGAUCGACCCUUCUCCAAGUCUACACACGAUUGUUUCCGAAACACACAAGCAGAUCUCAAAUAUCAAAAACAUUCCAUCAAAUAUCCGACAUACAAAGAAAAAAAUGUUAGAAGUUGAUCAUAAAUACUUGGACAUAUUGGGAUUUCCGACAUCAACAGUUAAGCCGGUUCUAAAUAAAUCCAAAUCGGCAGUGCUGAAAACGGAUCCUGUUAUUGUAGUUCCAGUAUUUUCCUCAGCAUUUGAACAAACUAAAAUAUUUUUAGCAUCAGUAAAGAAACAUUUACCAGAGAAAUUUAUUGUGUUCUAUGAUUUAGGAUUGGGAGGAAAGGAUAGUUUAACAUUGAAGAAAACCUGCAAUUCCACAAAGUACAACUGUGAAGUGAAAUCAUUCAGUUAUAACAAGUACCCUUCCCAUGUUCAUUCACAGGGACUUGGUAGCUAUGUGCCAAUCUGUAUUCAGGAAAGUUUAAAAGAAUACGGAGCUGUGAUAUGGUCUAAUCCCCAUGAAUAUUUCCUCACUAAAGAAAUAUCGACAGUCAUUUCAAUAGCGAAAGAAGCUGGCAUAGCUGCCUGGACAAUCAAAGAUACCACAUCUAGUAUUACGUACCCGAAAAUGUUCACAUACUUCGAGGAGAAGCCUGAACACUACUAUUUCCAUCGGGCAAUAAAAACGUCACAUUUAAUUGUGUAUAAUACAGAUUUUGUACAAUCUAAUAUUAUGCUACCGUGGAUUAAAUGUGCUUUAGUGGAAGAGUGUAUAAGUCCGACGGGAUCACAGAAUUCUGGCUACUGUUACCAGCCGAAACCUAGAUAUUUAUACACGGGAUGCCACCAUUAUGAACAGUCAGCUUUAAACGUUAUACUUGGAAAGGCAUUUUCCUAUGAUAAUAAUGAUUAUUCAACAACAGAAAAAAUAUUUGGCAUAGAGCUAGUGAAUAAAACCGAACACGAGAACACAAAGAACACAGAUUCUUGGAUUGUUGGUACAAGUUGAAGGUCAGAUUUUAAAUUGAAAGGUCGCAAUAAAAAAAAUGGGAUAUAUGGUAACCAUUUUAAAAAAAAUGCUUCUCUUGUACCUCUUGUAUCUUGCAACUGAACAAAGGCAUUACCAUAAAAUGAUCAAAAGUCUCUCCUAGACAGAUAAGAAUGCUUUAGAUCAAGUUCUGGCCAUUCAAACUGGAGAUUUCUAAUCUGUUGUCCAAGUCGAGACCACACCUUAUAAAAAAAAAUUUUUUCCCCUGUCUCAAAGGGGAUUCUUAUUUCUGCAUAAUUGUUGGGAGUUUCAGACUCUUUGUAUGAUAGUCAGGCAUUAGACUGUUAAGCUAUUUUUGGAUAGACCCACACUCUUAGCUCAAUAGGCAGAGCGUAGAUUACAAGAUUAUAGUGUCAUCAUGUUAGUUUGGUUCCUGUGCAAGGCAUAUGUUCUCUAUGAUGAUAUGAUAAAAGACAUUUUGUCUGAAAUCAUUUGUCCUGUUCCUCUGAUUCAUGUGGGGUAGUUGGCAGUUGCUUGCGGAGAACAAGUUUAAACUGGUACGGAAUCUAGUUGCUUGUUUUGUAGACAUUUUCAUAUACCAGAACACACUUGCACAGUAUACCAUUUUUAGCUGACUUUCGGUUAUCUUGAAGUAAAACGCUCAUUCUCAUGGAAUUUGAGAUGCAGAGUUUCAUCAGUGAUUUUUGUACUGACUAAAUAUGAAAUCACUUCAUUUUGUUAUUUUUUUUAUUUGGGAUACUGUGAAAUCAUUUUUAUUUGCGUAGGACCAAUUUUUGCAUAUUUCGCGCUAGGACUGAUGUGCAAAUUAAAGACCGGGCUAUUAUUAUUAUUUUUUAUGUUAUUUUUCAUUUCUUAAAUUGAAAAUGCGCAAAUUAAAGCCCGUGCGAAACAGGCCUUUUCACAUUUGCUCAAAAUUUCAUGGCAACGAAUUUAAAUGAUUUCACAGUAAUCUCUUUUCAAUUAAUUUUUGUUAAAAUUCUAUGAAGAUUUUACAGCACUUUUCCAUCAAAUAAUGAAUUUUGUUAUAAGUGAAACUAACUUCUGGACUUCUAUUUAUCACUGAACUGUAAGGGUUAAGCUGUAGAAAUGUGUUUUCAUAGACAAAGCCUAUGUAUGGAAGGCUUGUAGUGACAAACUGAAUUAAGAUUAUGAUAAUAAUUCAUGUAGAAUUAUUUUAACUUUUUGAAAAUAAAAUGAAUGGGAAUGCUGCUUGUUUGUUGGGAUAAAACAUUAUGGGUCACAGCAACAACAAAAAUUCAAUUUCAUUUCCAGAACUAGUCUUGGAGGUGGAAGAAUAUAAGUCAUGAAUAAUUGGAAAUUCUGAUCUAAAAAUAAACUUAGCACAAGCAUAGGUACACAUGAUUUUUCAGACAUAUAUAAAAGAUGUAUCCCUACAUAUUGAGGUAUGAAUUUUACGUAUACAUUUGUAACUAGCUUCCCUUUUUUUGGACAUGAACAGGUUGGCAGUGUGACAUUGUAUGAGUUAAAGAGGUAAACUUCAACUAAAACUUUUGAAAAGGCACAAGUUUAAAUGAAAACGUGUUUUGUUUCACUGUAAUAUCAAACUUUCUUUCAUUUUGUCAAAACACGAUCUUUCACAGUUUCACUUGUGCUGGCCAUACUGUAAUAUGACUUCUGGAAUUCCCUUGAUGAAUGGUAGAUUGCAUUUACACUGCAACUAGUAAAUAUCCUUUUCUGUUUUGAUUUAUUAAUUGCACAUAUAUCCAAAAGGCUGUUACAAUAAAAAUGCAAUUAAUUUUCAUUUAAUAACCUUUUACAGUAGGCCUAUUUUAGAUACAACUCUAGCCUUGUAAACAGUAUUAAUGGAUUAAUACACGGGAUUAAGGCAAAGAAUGUACCAAGUGCUGAUAAUUAAGGAAGGUUAUGGUACCUUUUUGCAUUAACCCCAUGAAUGAUAAAGUUGUGUUCUCAGUAGAACUUGAAUACUUGGAAAAUCUAACAUGUUCUUUUAAAAAAAUUUAUUGAUAUAUAUGCAAGUCUGUGUUCACUAUUAAAAGCUAAUUAAAAAGUGAGGGUGCUAGUAGAAAGGUCAAGACUUCGGUAGAGAAGUUCUUGGAAACACAUUUCAGUAUACUAGUCAAAUUAUAAUUUUUGUUUGUGUGUGAUGAUUUAAGUUUUGUUUUCACAAGUUAAAGGUUGUUACUUUUUAUUUUACUUCUGUCUUGUCUCGGCAUAUCCAAACAAAGUUUUGUUGACAAUAUUUUAACAGAUUUUAGUAGAACAUUUAUAUAUAUAUUUGAAUAUGUGUUUUUAUGUGGAUAAUUUUGAAUGUUUGACUGAACCCGAAAUACCCCUUUCAUAGUACUACAUGUUAUAUUAGGUCUUAGAAAAUGUUAAAAUACUAUCUAUUUUGAAAAAGUUUAAUCAUUUUCAUAACAUUUAAAAAUCAGCUGGGGUUGCUAGUAUAGUUGAAGACUGGAUGUUUGAUGCAUAAUGACAUAUUAUGCCCAAAUUUCAUCUUUGAACAUUUGCACAAAUAUUACACAGAAUCUGUGUACACAUGAACGACACAUGUUUAUGUGUAAUAUGCCGGUAUGUGUAUAUAGAGUAAUGUGUGCUAGGUUUACUACACACUAAUGAAUGUACAUGCAGGGCUUCCAUUAGGAUUCAAUUUCAUGGAGUCAGGACUGCCUAACAUGCA